GAGGUCUUACUCGGUAUAACAGGAAAGGAUUUCACCAUCAUCGCUGCGUCGAAAGCCGCCAUGCGGGGCGCCACCGUCCUCAAAGCAUCCGACGACAAGACACGAGCGCUGAACUCCCACUCAUUAAUGGCCUUCUCCGGCGAAGCUGGCGACACUGUUCAAUUUGCGGAGUUCAUUCAGGCCAACAUUCAGUUAUACUCAAUGCGUAAUGGCAUGGAGCUGUCACCUGCUGCUACAGCAAACUUCGUCCGAGGCGAACUGGCAAGAGCUCUACGAUCCAGGCGGCCGUAUACCGUAAAUCUCUUGCUUGGAGGCUACGAUCAGAUCGAAGAUAAGCCCACACUUUACUGGAUCGACUAUCUUGCAAGCUUAGCACCUGUCCCUUACGCCGCACACGGAUACGCACAAUACUACUGCCUUUCUCUCCUCGAUAAGCACCAUCACCCAGACAUCGACUUCGAGCAGGGUAUGAAGAUCCUACGCAUGUGCACGGAGGAACUGAAGCGACGCCUGCCGAUCGACUUCAAGGGUGUUCUUGUGAAGGUGAUCACCAAGGACGGUGUUCGGGACGAAGAGUAUGAGGAUGAUGUGAAAGUGGCAGUACCAUGA